UGUGACAGUGAUGUGAACAACAACAAACUGCAAUUCUUAUCAAUUUUAAUCCUUGGAAAGCAUCUAGUUUCUUUAAAGCACAUAUUUUCUGUGAUAUUUGGUAUUUCGUUUACAGUAAGAGUUAAUUGAUACCCGACAACCAUUGCAUCUUGUUCAUUCUUAGAUUACUUAAGUAUAUCUUUUAAUUUUUUAAAGCGCGUACUGCUAUUACAAUCUAAUACAUGGAAGAAUAGCUAUCGUUGUUUGCUAUCUUUGAAAUUCAUCAGUUUCGCUUGAUUUUUGCCUCACGUUUCUUCACAUGUGCCUGUCGCAAAUGGUAGUUUAGUGCAUUAGAGAUAUUGAAACAUGGAACCACUAGAAAAACCACGAGGAAGUCCUUUUGAUAUCAAUGGACCUGAUUUCAACCCUGACCUGUAUCUUCAAAAAUUAUUCAAGGAAUGCUCCCUGAAACACAUCAUGGAUUGUGAAAGUGAAGUUGUGAAAGACUGUCAAUUACUUAAUUCUGAUAUGCAAACCCUAGUUUAUGAGAAUUAUAAUAAAUUCAUUUUAGCCACCGAUACGAUAAAAAAAAUGAAGACAGAUUUCAAGAAAAUGGAAGAUGAAAUGGAAAUGUUGAUACAAAAUAUGAAUUCCAUCACGUCAUUCUCUGAAAUGAUAACAAGCACUUUGCAAGGAACUCAUGGACAAAUUUCUAAACUAUCGGGUGUUCAUGCUCUACUGAAGAAACUGCAGUUUCUAUUUAAGUUACCUGGAAAAUUAAAACUACUUCUGCAAGAAGAAGAUUAUGAGCAGGCAGUUCAAGAAUUUGUCAAAACUCAACCUAUUCUGGAUUACUAUGGUGACCUGGAUUCAUUUCAAGGUAUACAAAAAGAUUGUAAUGAUAUACUCCAGAAAUUGAAAACAAAACUUCGCGAUCAACUAAAAAACAAAGAUACGUCUGCCAAAAAAUUAAUUAAAUGCAUCGAUCUUUUGCUUCAACUUCAAGAACCAUCAGAUCAGUUAUGCUCUGAAUACCUGACGUUUGUCGACUCAAGAUUGGCAGAGCAAUUAUCGUCCAUGCAAAUAACCCACAGUGGACAAGAUGCUGCGGAAUUCAUGGACUCCGGUGCCAAUGUGUUUCUGACUGACCUUUGUCUUAUAGUCACAUCAUACACAGACAUGUUCUUAAAUCGCACAAAUUCUCUGGAAGAUUCAGAAGCAGUAGGAAAAUUAAACAGCUUUGUUAUACGGAACAUGAACAGUUACUUGGAGAUUGUCCAAUUGAAACUCGAAGGAACAAGUGAAGAGGAUACAGCAGUAUUAGUAAGUGCACUGGACAGGCUUUACUGUAGGCUUCAAGCCUUCAACUCCCUCUUUACACAUGUAGAUUUCACUGUCAAAGGAAUGGAGCUCAUAAUUAGCGCUGCUCACAGACAGUGUAGGAACCAUUUAGUAUCCCUGAAAAGUCAUUUCGCAGAUAGCCUUGCUCGUGUGAAGCAAAGUUUAGCAGCCCCAAAGUAUACUUCAUCUCACACCGAGGGAUCAGUUUACACCAGUAACAAAUCGCUCGAUCUUUCAUCAAAUAGUGCCUUGUCCACAGAAUUACUCACUUCACUGGUCUUAGCUUCUGUUGAAAAAGUCAAAGGCAUUCUUCAAGACUUAUUGUUGUUUUUGCAGCCUGAGCUGACAUUUAUCUCAAAGUAUAACUUCAAAGAAGCUUUUUGUAUUGAUGGUGUGCGAGAAGGCCUGGUUGUUAGUUUCCUUCACCAUGUUACUGCCACUGUCCAAGCGAGUUCUCAUAAAGUUCCUCUUCAAUUGUUGUUACUUCUCUCCAAAAUGUGUCUCGAAUAUGAAUCUAACAGUGUUAGAUACCUGUUGAAUGUGACAGAUGAAUGGUUCAGCAUUAACAUAAAUGCAUCUCGAGCAGAACAGGAAUUAUUGAGCUCUGAAGCUGAAAUCUGUACCGGAAUGAAAACAGCAGCGCAGUAUCUCAUGAACCAGUAUGUCUUUGCAGCUGGAUCUGCUCUUUCUGUCAUGGUAAAAAAAUCGGUUGAUACAAGAGAUUGGUUUCAUUGUGCUGAGCCUCGCACUGUUCGUGCUGCUAUGAAACGAGUCAUCGAAGAUAUUACAACUAUUGAUUGUCAAGUUGGUGCUCUCUUUGAAGAAGGUACAAGAACAGGUGGAAGCUCCGACUCGAGUCGAAGAGUAUCAGCUCAACAAUCGGCGCGAAGCUACCAACACCACUCUCGCUGGGGAACAUCAGCUGCUUCUCAAGUGAGCAAUGUCAGUCUACCAGCCGCUGCCAUUAACAAAAUAUUCUCUCAAAAUAUUGAUAUUUUUGCUCCUAUUCAGUUUUCAAGAAUAUCCAUCCUCACCGGAAUCAUUAACAUUACUUUGAAGGCUUUAUUAGAAUGUGUUCGUCUGAAGACUUUCAACAAGUAUGGCCUCCAACAAGUUCAGGUAGAUACUCACUACUUGAAAAUCUAUCUCUGGCGGUUUGUUGCUGAUGAAACGGUCAUUCGGAAUUUGCUCGACGAAGUGGUGAGAAGUGUAACUAACCGAUGUAUAGAUGGAGACAAGCAGUUAAUGGAGCAUGGUAUUCUCGAAAUUAUAUGUGAAAAGGGAUAAGUAAUUAUUGCCUCAGUUAUUCCCAAUUUUCAUCUGUUUUCACUUCUAUGUCGAAUUUUAAGCUGUCACUAAGAGUAAUCAAAUCAGUGAUUCGCAUUUUGUAUCUCAUGUUAACUAUUGCUAAAUUUAUGUAUCUUUAUUUGUAUUUCCCUUUACACAUUUUGUUAAAAUAUAUAACAUGUUAUAUAAAUUGA